AAACUUGUUUCCGGAAGAUCCAACCUGCAAUAUACUCAAAAAUCCGAAAACCCCACACACUUUCUCUCUCUAAAACCCGACCCGAAUAUGUCACCGACCCCGAAACCCCAUCUGGGUCUGAUCCCGAUCCUCCUCCUCCUCUCUCUCUCCGUCAUCCCAAGUCUCUCUCUUUCUCUCUCUGACUCCCCUCCCACAGUGUUUGACAUUUUAUCCAAAUUCGGCCUUCCCCGCGGCCUCUUACCGGCAUCGGUCUCCAACUACACGGUCUCCGACGACGGACGAUUCGUCGUCGUUUUGCCCAAGACCUGCUACCUGCAGUUCGAUUACUUGGUCUACUACGAAAAGACCAUAACAGGCAAGCUCUCAUACGGGGCGAUCACCGACUUGAAGGGCAUUCAGGUCCAGAGGUUCUUGUUCUGGCUCGGCGUCGGCGAGAUCAGGGUCGAUUUGCCGCCGUCCGAUAGCAUUUACUUCACUGUGGGGAUCAUCAAUAAGAAGCUGGAUAUCGGUCAGUUCCAAAAUGUCCGGUCUUGCCGUGACGGGUUAUCGGGGUCUUGCGUCGGGUCGUUCAAACGGGGCAUUCAGCUUCCAUCUCCAGUGGAAGAAAUUGAGAUGCUAAUAACCGAAUAGGUAGACACCAACGAGUGGUUAUACUGUACGAUGUGUAGUAGCUGAGCAAAGGCUCUUCAAGAGUAGUUCACACUUUCAGACUCACAAAAGCCGUCGAGUUUGGUUUUAGUAGAAUUCAGUGUGUUAUGUACUCCAUAAGGGAAUACGUACUAGUGUUCCUCGCUGUAACGUUGUAGUUUGUUGUAUCUGCUGUAUGUGAAGGAAUCAAAUCUUGUAUAUUAAGCUGGAUGUUAAAACUCAAGACUGUUACUUGUACCCAUUAAUAUCAAGGGUGAAAGUUGAAAUGGA